CCCCGCUGCCCGCCCCCCGCCCCGCCCCUGCCGCGAAGCCGGAGCCGGAGCCGGUGCCGGUGCGGGCGGAGCCCCCGGGGCCAUUUUCCCCCGGAGCCCCCGCGGUCCCGGUGCCGGUGCUCCCCGCCGGUGCCGCAUCCCCUGCGGAGCCCUCGCGGUGCCGGCGCCGUUUCCCCCGCCGGUCAUGCCCCCCCGUGGCGUCUUGGCGGACAUCGUGGCGCUCGGAGCCGGGGUCGGCGGCGAUGGCGGAGGAGAGCUCGAGUGGCAGCAGCGGCUCGCCCGGCGCCGGGGACACGCUGCCCUGGAACCUGGGCAAGCACCAGCGCUCCCAGCGAGCCAAGGCGGCCGCGGGCAACGGGACGGUGCUGGACCCCGCCGAGAGAGCCGUCAUCCGCAUCGCAGAUGAGCGAGAUCGUGUCCAGAAGAAAACCUUCACCAAAUGGGUCAACAAGCACCUUAUCAAGCACUGGCGACCAGAGGCGCAGCGCCAUGUCAACGACCUGUACGAGGACCUGCGGGACGGGCACAACCUCAUCUCGCUGCUGGAGGUGCUGUCGGGUGACACGCUGCCCCGGGAGCGCGACGUCCUCCGGACCUUGCGGUUGCCCCGGGAGAAGGGCCGGAUGCGCUUCCACAAGCUGCAGAAUGUCCAGAUUGCCCUCAACUACCUGAAGCAUCGGCAGGUGAAGCUGGUGAACAUCCGGAACGAUGACAUCGCCGACGGCAACCCCAAACUGACACUGGGGCUCAUCUGGACCAUCAUCCUCCACUUCCAGAUCUCAGACAUCCAGGUGACGGGGCAGUCGGAGGACAUGACAGCCAAGGAGAAGCUGCUGCUGUGGUCACAGCGGAUGGUGGAGGACUACCAGGGCCUCCGCUGUGACAACUUCACCACCAGCUGGCGGGACGGGCGCCUCUUCAACGCCAUCAUCCACCGGCACAGGCCAAUGCUGAUCGACAUGGGCCGGGUGUACCGCCAGAGCAACCUGGAGAACCUGGACCAGGCCUUCACCGUGGCCGAGCGCGAGCUGGGGGUGACGCGGCUGCUGGACCCCGAAGACGUGGACGUGGCGCAGCCAGACGAGAAGUCCAUCAUCACCUACGUGUCCUCGCUGUACGACGCCAUGCCGCGCGUGCCCGAGGUGCAGGACGGCGUCAAGGCCAACGAGCUGCAGCUGCGCUGGCAGGAGUACUACGAGGUGGUGACGGGGCUGCUGCAGUGGAGCCGGCAGCACUCGGCGCUCUUCGAGGAGCGUCGCCUCCCUGCCAGCUACGAGGAGAUCGAGAUCCUCUGGCGCCAGUUCCUCAAGUUCAAGGAGACGGAGCUGCCGGCUCGGGAGGCCGACAAGAACCGCUCCAAAGCCAUCUUCCAGGCGCUGGAGGGCGCGGUGCAGUCGGGGCAGCUGAAGGUGCCCCCCGGGUACCACCCGCUGGACGUGGAGAAGGAGUGGGGGCGGCUGCACGUCGCUGUGCUGGAGCGGGAGAAGCUGCUGCGGGCAGAGUUCGAGAGGCUGGAGCGGCUGCAGCGUGUGGUCACCAAGCUGCAGAUGGAGUCAGGGCUCUGCGAGGAGCAGCUGAACCAGGCGGAUGCUCUGCUGCAGGCAGACGUGCGGCUGCUGGCGGCCGGCAAGGCACCGCAGAAGGCGGCGGAGGUGGAGAGGGACCUGGACAAGGCGGAUGCCAUGAUCCGGCUGCUCUUCAACGACGUGCAGACCCUCAAGGACGGGCGGCACCCCCAGGGCGAGCAGAUGUACCGUCGCGUGUACCGCCUGCACGAGCGCCUGGUGUCCAUCCGCACCGAGUACAACCUGCGGCUCAAGUCGGGGGCGCCGGCGGCCGCGGUGACAGCGCCGGUGACAUCGGCGCAGCGGCGGCCGGAGCCGGACGAGGCCCCGCUGCGCUACCUGCAGGAGCUGCUGGCCUGGGUGGAGGAGAACCAGCGGCGCGUGGCCGCCGCCGAGUGGGGCGCGGACCUGCCCACCGUGGAGACCCACCUGGGCGCCCACCGCGGGCUGCACCGCGCCAUCGAGGAGUUCCGUGCCAAGGUGGAGCGGGCACGGGCGGAUGAGACCCAGCUGUCCCCCGGCCCCAGCGGUGCCUACCGGGAGUGCCUGGGCAAGCUGGAGCUGCAGUAUGCCAAGCUGCUGAACUCCUCCAAGUCGCGGCUGCGGCACCUGGAGAGUCUCCAUGGCUUCGUCAGCGCCGCCACCAAAGAGCUGCUGUGGCUGAGCGAGCGCGAGGAGGAGGAGGUGGCCUUCGACUGGAGCCACAACAACCCCGCCAUGGCUGCCAAGAAGGAGAGUUACUCGGCGCUGAUGCGGGAGCUGGAGCUGCGGGAGCGGCGGAUCCAGGAGCUGCGGACCACGGGCGAGCAGCUGCUGCGAGAGGAGCACCCCGGGGCGCAGACUCUGGAGGCGUUCCUGGCAGCGCUGCAGACCCAGUGGAGCUGGAUGCUCCAGCUCUGCUGCUGCAUCGAGACCCACCUGAAGGAGAACACCAACUACUUCCAGUUCUUCGCCGAGGUGCGGGAGGCCGAGGAGCUGCUGCGGAAGACGGAGGAGACGAUGCGGCGCAAGUUCAGCUGCGACCGCGGCACCACGGCCACGCGCCUUGAGGACCUGCUGCAGGACCUCGCGGAGCAGAAGGAGCAGCUGGCGGAGUUGGGGGCGCAGCUGGGGGGUCUCUCCCGCCGCGCCAGGACCAUCGUGCAGCUGAAGCCACGCAGCCCCUCGACACCCCUGCAGGGCCGCCCCCCCAUCCAGGCCGUCUGCGACUACAAGCAAAUGGAGGUGACGGUGCACAAGAACGACGCCUGUGCCCUGGUGAACCACGCGCAGCCGCAGCAGUGGCGGGUGCUGAGCGCCGCCGGCAGCGAGGCCGUCGUCCCCUCAGUCUGCUUCCUCCUGCCACCCCCCAACAAGGAGGCUCUGGACGCCGUGCACAGGCUGGAGAGCCACCACCAGCAGCUGCUGGGGCUGUGGCAGCAGCUGCACCAGGACCUGCGCAGCCUCCGCGCCUGGCAGUACCUGACCCGGGACAUCCAGCAGAUCCACUCCUGGACGCACCUCACGUUCCGCACGCUGCCGGCCGAGGAGGUGCGCCAGGUCCUGUCCAGCCUGGAGAGGCACUACCAGGAGUUCCUGCGGGACAGCCAGGACUCCCAGAGCUUCCAGCCCGACGACCGGCUGCAGGUGGAGCGCGACUACAACGCCUGCACUCACAAAUACGAGCUGCUGCUGCGUAGCCAGGAGAAAGGAGAGCAGGACGAGUCUCUGUGCAAGAGCUACAUCUCGCAGCUGAAGGACAUCCGGCUGCAGCUGGAGAGCUGCGAGAGCCGCACCGUGCACCGCCUGCGCCUGCCCCUCAAGGCCGACCCCCUGCGCGAGUGCGCGCAGCGCCAGGCGGAGCAGCAGCAAACCCACCUGGAGCUGGAGGGCAUCCAGAAGAACCUGGCCAAAGUCAGCGAGAAGACUGAGCAGGUGCUGGCGCAGCCGGAGCAGGCGGGCUCGGCGCCCGUCCUGCGCUCCGAGCUGGAGGUCACCCUGCGGAAGAUGGAGCAGGUGUACAGCCUCUCCAGCAUCUACCUGGAGAAGCUGAAGACCAUCGGGCUGGUGAUCCGGAGCACGCAGGGCGCUGAGGAGCUGCUCCGCAAGUACGAGGAGCAGCUGAAGGACGUGCAGGCAGUGCCCGCUGACCUGGCUGAGCUGGAGGCCAGCAAGGCUGAGCUGAAGCGGCUGCGGGCACAGGCCGAGAGCCACCAGCCCUUCUUCAGCACGCUGGAGACCGACCUCGGCAAGGCCAAGGACGUCAACGAGCGGAUGGUCCGCGGCCACAGCGAGCGGGACGUGGACCUGGAGCGGUACCGGGAGCGGGUGCAGCAGCUGCUGGAGCGCUGGCAGGCCGUGCUGGGCCAGGCUGACCUGCGCCAGCGCGAGCUGGACCAGCUGGGCCGCCAGCUGGGCUACUACCGGCAGAGCUGCGACGCGCUGCGCCAGUGGAUCCGCGACGCCCGGCAGCGCCAGGAGGCCAUCCAGGCCGUGCCCAUCACCGACAGCCAGGCCGUGCGCGAGCAGCUGCUGCAGGAGAAGAAACUGCUGGAGGAGUGUGAGCAGCACAAGGAGAAGGUGGAGGAGUGCCAGCGCUAUGCCAAGCAGUACAUCGAUGCCAUCAAGGACUACGAGCUGCAGCUGGUGAGCUUCAAGGCACAGGUGGAGCCGGUGGCAUCGCCGGCCAAGAAGCCCAAAGUGCAGUCGGCAUCUGACAGCAUCAUCCAGGAGUACGUGGACCUGCGGACGCAGUACAGUGAGCUGACCACGCUCACCACCCAGUACAUCAAGUUCAUCACCGAGACACUGCGGCGGCUGGAGGACGAGGAGAAAGCCGCCGAGAAGCUGAAAGAGGAGGAGAGGAAGCGGCUGGCGGAGGUGGAGGCGCAGCUGGAGAAGCAGCGGCAGCUGGCCGAGGCCCACGCCAAAGCCAAGGCACAGGCGGAGGCGGAGGCGCGGGAGCUGCAGCUCCGCAUGCAGGAGGAGGUCACCCGGCGGGAGGUGGUGGCCGUGGAUGCCGAGCAGCAGAAGCAGAACAUCCAGCAGGAGCUGAUGCAGUUGCGGCAGAACUCGGACCACCAGAUCAAGUCCAAGGUGAAGCUGAUCGAGGAGGCUGAAUACAACCGCAAGAAAGUGGAGGAGGAGAUCCGCCUCAUCCGCCUGCAGCUGGAGAGCACCGAGAAGCAGCGGGAGAGCGCAGAGACAGAGCUGCAGGAGCUGCGGGCACGUGCCGAAGAUGCUGAGCGGCAGAAGCGGCAAGCACAGGAGGAGGCCGAGCGCCUGCGCCGGCAGGUGAAGGAGGAGAGCCAGAAGAAGCGGGAGGCGGAGGAGGAGCUGAAGCGCAAGGUGCAGGCUGAGCGCGAAGCGGCACGGGAGAAGCAGAAGGCAGUGGCAGACCUGGAGCAGCUGCGGCUGCAGGCGGAGGAGGCUGAGCGGCGUAUGCGGCAGGCAGAGGCUGAGAAGGAUCGGCAGAUCCAGGUGGCCCAGGAGGUGGCCCAGCGCAGCGCUGAGGCCGAGCUGCAGAGCAAGAGGCUCUCUUUUGCUGAGAAGACAGCGCAGCUGGAACUGUCACUGCAGCAGGAGCACGAUGUGGUGGCCCAGCUGCAGGAGGAGGCUGAGCGGCUGAAGAGGCAGCAGCUGGAGGCCGAGCGCUCGCGGGAGGAGGCUGAGAAGGAGCUGGAGCACUGGCGGCAGAAGGCCAACGAGGCGCUGCGCCUGCGGCUGCAGGCUGAAGAAGUGGCCCACAAGAAGUCACUGGCACAGGAGGAGGCCGAGAAGCAGAAGGAGGAUGCAGAGCGCGAGGCCCGCAAGCGCGCCAAGGCAGAGGAGGUGGCCGUGCGGCAGAAGGAGCUGGCGGAGGAAGAACUGGAAAAGCAGCGGGAGCUGGCAGAGGGCACAGCCCAGCAGAAGCUGGCGGCGGAGCAGGAGCUGAUCCGGCUGAAGGCGGAGAUGGAGAAUGGGGAGCAGCAGCGCCUGCUCCUGGAGGAAGAGCUCUCACGGUUGAAGGGCGAAGUAAACGAGGCCAUCCAGAGGAGGAAAGAGCUGGAGGAGGAGCUGGCCAAGCUGCGGGCAGAGAUGGAGGUCCUGCUGGAGAGCAAGGCCAAGACAGAGGAGGAGUCACGCUCCAGCAGCGAGAAGUCCAAGCAGCGGCUGGAGGCAGAGGCCAACAAGCUGCGGGAGCUGGCUGAGGAGGCCGCCCGCCUGCGCGCCCUCUCUGAGGAAGCCAAGCGGCAGCGGCAGCUGGCAGAGGACGAGGCCAGCUGGCAACGGGCUGAGGCCGAGCGCAUCCUGAAGGAGAAGCUGGCGGCCAUCAACGAGGCCUCACGGCUGAAGGCGGAGGCAGAGAUUGCUCUGAAGGAGAAGGAGGCGGAGAACGAGCGUCUGCGGCGGCUGGCGGAGGACGAGGCCUACCAGCGCAAGCUGCUGGAGGAACAGGCAGCCCAACACAAGCAGGACAUUGAGGAGAAGAUUGCCCUGCUGAAGCGCUCCUCGGAGAGCGAGCUGGAGAGGCAGAAGGGGCUCGUGGAGGAUACGCUGAGGCAGCGGCGUCAGGUGGAGGAGGAGAUCCGUGCCCUCAAGGCCAGCUUCGAGAGGGCCUCAGCUGGCAAGAGCGAGCUGGAGCGGGAGCUGAACCGCAUCCGUGGGGAGGCAGAGGAGGUGCAGCGCAGCCGGGAGCAGGCGGAGCGGGAGGCUGAGCGGCAGCGGGCGCUGGCGCUGGAGGAGGAGGGCCGCCGGCGCGAGGCCGAAGAGAAGGUGCAGGCCAUCCUGGCGGCCGAGGAGGAGGCCGGGAGGCAGCGGCGGCUGGCCCUGGAGGAGGUGGAGCGGCUGCGGGCCAUGGUGGAGGAGGCGCGGCGGCAGAAGGAACUGGCGGAGAAGGAGUCAGAGCGGCAGAUCCAGCUGGCACGGGAGGCUGCGCAGAAGCGGAUUGCAGCAGAGGAGAAGGCACACCUGGCUGCCGUGCAGCAGAAGGAGCAGGAGCUGCUCCAGACACGCCAGCAGGAGCAGAGCCUUCUGGACCGGCUGCGUGAGGAGGCUGAGCGGGCCCGGCGGGCAGCUGAGGAGGCCGAGUUUGCCCGUGGCAAGGCCGAGCAGGACGCCAGCUUGUCCCGGCAGCGCGUGGAGGAGGCAGAGCGGCUGAAGCAGCGGGCAGAGGAGGAGGCGCAGGCCAAGGCACAGGCACAGGCGGACGCAGAGAAGCUGCGGAAGGAGGCCGAGCUGGAGGCAGCAAAACGGGCACAGGCAGAGCAGGCUGCCCUGCGGCAGAAGCAGCUGGCCGAUGCCGAGAUGGAGAAGCACAAGAAGUUUGCCGAG